AAUAAUUUGGGCCUGAAAUUCCAAAGUGUGGGCCUUGUUUUCUGUAGCUGUAUAUUUGACCUCGCCACGUAUAUUUCGAUCCGACCAGUAAAGAAUUAGCCCAAUUGGUAUGCCGCUAAUUUGGUCAACUCGCACGUCAAAGAAACCCCCGACGGGCUUCCUAAAAUAGCCCGGAGCUAUUCUAAUUAAUAAUUUCUUUCCUUUUUUUUUUUCUUUUAAAUUCCUUGCGUCCAAGCGUGGCCCAGCCCUAACACCAUCGAUCAUCCGCACGCGCUUCAGCCUUCCAGGUCCCCCCAAGCUUCAGCCGCUCCAGCCGCAGCCAUGACGUCGCCGCAGCACUCCAUCCCCAGCCGACGAAGGAAACGCAGCGGCUCCCCUUCUCCGUCGCGCCGGAGGGAGGGUCAUCCACGACGUCGUUCGCCGUCGCAAACGCGAAGCCCAGGCGGUCGGAAAAAGCCCAGUGAUUCACGGUCAUUAUCUCCUCCUGUUCCAGGCCUUCGCACGGGUUCUCAACGCAGUCCGCGACACGAAGGUCAUCAUGGUGCCGUCUCCACCCGCGAACGUCGUUCCUCUGCCAAACAUUCCCAGCAACAUCCGGCGGGUCAGGUAUUGUCUGCGCGAGCCCCACCUGGCGAGGUGGACGUAAUGUCACGACCUGGGAAUUCGGUUGCACGAGCCCGUCGUGGCGAGACGGCCGUACGGUCGUCACCUGGAUGCGUGGCCGUGCAAACCCAAACCAGCGGUGUGAACAUUCGGUCAUCACCAAGCGGCUCGACCGUACGAUCCCGAUCCGACGAGGUGGGGAAAAAGUCCAUGCAUGGAGACCCGACUAAACGGACUCAAGCCAGCGAGGUGAAUGCAAUGUCUCAACCCGAAUCUUCGACAUCAGGGAAAAAUCAAGGAGCCUCCGAAAAUCUUACGAUGCAUGAAACAACUACCACCUCAUUGCGGCCGGACAGACCCACUACGCGGAUCGUGAUCGUUAAAGGACAUCUCCGGCCUGCUCCGGGGGGCCCACAUGACAAGCCCGUGCUAUCCUCUAACAAUGUUGCCCCUGUAGUGGACGUUGCCUCUCAAUCGGAUAGCUCAUCCAAAUCAGACGGCGGAUCGGAUAGCGUCGAAGAUCCUAACGCCUGGAAAGAUCGUUUGCGUUCCACCAGUACAGAGGCAGAUUUGAAGUUGGCAAAAAGUAUGGUCGGCAGCGAUUGCACCCUCAUGUUGCCAGAUCCCGAGAGUAGCCUCACUAGUCCCCCUCCGAAAUCGUUCUUCGGGGUUCACAUUACGUCCAUCGCGCGGGGCAUGCGGGUGCCUUUGUGUCCAUUCUUGGUGGCACUCCUUGCCCAUAUUGGGAUAUCGCCAUGCCAGAUGACCCCAACCGCACAUAUGUUUACAGCUGCUUUUGUCGCUCGCUGUAAUGGGGUUGGUAUCCGACCAUCCAUACCGUUGUUCCGUGCAUGCUUUAGGUGGAACCGUCCUAACAGUAAGACAGAUGACGGUGGGUUCGUGUCACUUUGCCAAUCACCGCAUCGUAAGCUCUUUGAUCAGUACCCAGAAUCACCUAGGAAGUGGUCGAAUAAAUGGGUAUGGGCGUCCGCUCCCCGCUCGCUUCCCGUCACGUCUACCUGGGGUAAUUCAAUGCGCGAGUAUAAGCCUGUCUCUCUCACCCCCGACCUUGAGGAGAAGGUCGAGACCUUGCUCCAAGGGGGCCCUUUCCCGGUAAACUCGUAUAUAGGUAAAAAUCUUCUGCCUCCGCGGGUCACAGAUACCACAUAAAAUCAUCCCUUAAUUUGGUGAUAUUUUCUGGUGUAACAGGCAACAGAGACGAAGCUGCCGCCCCCAAGGUGCCAUCGGGGACCAUGCUUCCACCUUCUGCGCCUGGUGCGGGUUCAUGUUCGCUCGAUCCUGGGGAUAAGCGCGGGGCCUCCCCGUCCCGUGAAGAGCAGGUUGCCAUGGACGAAGAAGGUAUGUUAAGCAGGGUUGCCGUGCCCCCUCCCUUGGCUACAAUGCAGGGUGUCGCCCCCCAGUCCGUGAUGCCCUGUGCAAGCAAGGGCGUGUCUGAUGCCACCAUGCCCGAGGUCGACGCCGGGGUGAAGAUCGGGGUUUCCCCACGUCAUGAAGAACAAGUUCGCAAGAAGAAGAAAGAGGUUGCGGGUAUGCGGGGCAGGCUCGCCGCCCUGGCCGCAGAGGAGGACGCCAAGUUCCGGUCUUCGAGGACCGAGGUCAUUCCCUUCAUCGCGGGGAAACAAUGCGGGGUCCCUCCCGUCAACCAUCCAGCUCCCGCCCUUAGUGUUCCACCAACUUCGGGUGUAGCGUGGGCAGGAAGCGUAUUCCCCGAGGCCAUUCCGUUCAUCGCGGGAAAACAAUGCAAGGCUCCUCCUGUUAACCAUCCAGCUUCUACCCUCGGUGUUUCAUCGAUCUUGGAUAUGGCGCGCUCCAUCGAAUCUCACAGCACGGGGCUGAUGGACAUAGCAACCGCGCUUCAAACAAUAGGUCGCCAUCGUGAGGAGCUCCGGCAUCAGGUUGACGAGGCUCACCGCCACUCGGUUGCCGUUCAGCGUCGGGCGGACGAAGCAGCAGCCGCUCUGUCCGAGCUCCAGUCAAAAUAUGACUUGCUACAAUCAAAGUACGAUCGACUGGAGGCGUUGUUCACGGAUGCGGGGCGUCAGGCAGUUGCGGCAUUCCAAACAUCCCCAGAAUUUUUUGAGAUCAUCACUUCGAGGCUGGAGGCUCACCGCUCGGAGCAGGUCCAAGCAUGGUUGAAAACUGAUGAGGGUCAGCUUUGGCGGGAUAAGGAAACUCUCAUGUCCUUCAGGUGCGGCCGAUACGACAUGCAGACCAUGUUGUACGAUAGGCUGGCAGAGUUUUAUCCAGACUUCGAUCCCGGGAAGUUUGGUUUGCCCGAAAUCAUGCCAGAUCCUGACGGGGCCGACGAGCAAGCGAAUGGUUUGUCCCUUUUGCACCUGGAUAUUCCAGAGGACCUGGAGGAUUCGUCACACGCCUUUGAUUUUGUGACCGUCCUAGAUAGUGUUCCCGACAAUCUGCCUGAUCCCUAGAUCGUAGAUUGUGGCCUCUCCUUGUUGUUCUUUAUUCAUUUACUUGUUUAUUUUCAUCCCGCACUUCUGUCUGGA